AUGUCUCUUAUCACGGUCUUUGGUGCCACUGGUGCCCAGGGCGGCUCCGUCGUCAGGCAGCUCCUGAAGGAUCCCAAAUGGAAAGUCCGAGGCAUCACUCGUGAUGUGAAUUCGGAGAAGUCAAAGCAACUGGCUUCCCAGGUAGCUGAUUCAACUCACUGCCAGGGUGUUGAGGUUAUAGCUGCAGAUCUCUUUAAUGUGAAGAGUCUCGAGAGAGCCAUUGAAGGCGCCGUCGGUAUCUUCCUUGUGACCCUGUACUGGGAAUUCAUUGGGGAGCAUGGCUUGGACGGAGCUGGAGAGCAAGAGUCUCCAACUUGGGAACACCUCGUGCUCAGCACUCUGCCCCCCGCGAGCAAGAGCUCUGGUGGAAAGUUCAAGGUGCCGCACUCGGACUACAAGGAGAAGGGCGCAGAAUGGAUUAGAAAGAACACCCCUGAACUUUGGGCCAAGUCAUCCGAGUACUGGGCCGGCUUCUACACAUCGAACCUCUGGACCCUUCCUUUCACUAAACCCGUCAAACCGCCACAAUCUGGGGCCUAUCUCUUUCUUCUUCCUUCAAAGCCUUCAGCGACGGUCUCCCUCGCGGGUGACUUGGACACAAACACUGGCAUCGUUGUUGAGGCUCUUUUUAAAGCUGGUGCCAAAGCAUUCGACCGAAUUGCCAUGGGCACCACCGACCUGAGGCCCAUAAGUGAUCUUGCUGUUGUGUAUGAAAAGGUCACAAGGAAACCCACCCGUUAUGUUGAGGUCUCGGACGAAACUUUUGCUGCUCUCUAUGGAAUCUACGGCAGGGAGUUGGCGGCCCAGAUGCGCUGGAGCGAGUCUGUGACUGACUGGGAAAACCUGGACCCCGGAAGGGUUAUCAGCCAUCAGGAGUUGGGAGUGGAAGGCAAGCUGGUUAAAUUUGAGGAGGCACUUAUCGCGGCUAGGGAUAGACUGGAGUGA